AUGGAAGGAACUUUUAACCACGCGUUCUCUUCACAAGAAAACAGUCAAGAAGUCGACAACAAUUUCAAUAAAGAUCCCGAAAAAGAAGCAACAAAUGCUUCUCAUCAGGAGCGUGAAAAAUGGGGAAAAGACAUCGAAUUUCUCUUCUCAUGCAUUGCUUUGAGCGUCGGUUUGGGAAAUAUUUGGAGAUUUCCAUUUGUUGCUUUAGCUAAUGGAGGUGGUGCUUUUGUAAUACCGUACGUCAUAGUGUUAGUGUUGGUUGGUCGUCCAGUCUACUUCCUCGAAAUGAUGUUGGGGCAGUUUUCAAACAAGAACAGCGUCGCUGUUUAUAAUUGUGUGCCAGCAUUAAGAGGCGUUGGAGUAGGACAAGUUUUCGCUACAAGCGUUGUUCUUACUUAUUACUCAUCCAUUAUGGCAUUAACAUUGAGAUAUUUAUACGAUUCAUUUCGAAGUGAAUUACCGUGGAGUAUUUGUAGGCCAGAAUGGGAAAAUUGUAUUCCAGCGAAUAUUGAAAUAUCUGAGAAUGCAACUUGGCCAAGUGAUGCGAGAUCAUCAGCUGAAUUAUAUUUUUUAAAAGAUGUUAUUCAAGCAAAAGACAACAUUUUGGAUGGAACUGGUUGGCCAGUGUGGAAUUUGGUAGGAUUUCUGGCACUUUCAUGGUUUAUUGUGUUUUUAGUGCUUAUGAAAGGAAUUAAAAGUGCAGGGAAAGCUUCUUACGUUUUAGCAAUCUUUCCUUAUACGAUUUUAUUGGUUCUUCUGAUUAGAAGUUUAACACUUCCUGGCGCUUUCAAGGGAGUUCAAUAUUUCUUUACACCUCAAUGGGAAAAAAUUGUUCAACCCUCAGUUUGGUAUGCAGCAGUCACUCAAGUUUUCUUCUCUUUAAAUAUUUUCUUCGGCAAUAUUGUGAUGUACGCGAGUUACAAUAGAUUUGAUAACAAACUUUAUAGAGAUGUGAAUAUUGUGACGUCAUUAGAUAUGUUUACGUCACUUCUAGCUGGUUGCACAAUUUUCGGGAUUUUCGGCCAUCUCGCACAUGAGUUGGGAGUUGAAGAUGUGUCAACAGUUGUUGCACCAGGACCUGGAUUGGCUUUCAUUUCUUAUCCAUUUGCUAUUUCAAGAUUCACUUUUGCUCCACAAUUAUUUUCUGCAAUAUUUUUCAUUAUGCUUUAUGUUCUUGGAGUUGGCACAAGUGUGGCUGUGACUUCAACUGUUACAACAAUUAUAAAAGAUAAUUUCCCGAAUGUGAAAAUUUGGCAAGCAGUUCUUAGUGUUGCUGUGAUCGGGACAAUAAUUGGUUCAGUUUAUUUAACACCGGGUGGUCAAUCUGUUCUUGAAUUGGUUGACUUUUAUGGAUCAACUUUCGUUGCUUUCAUUUUAGCAAUUGCAGAACUUGUUGGAUUCUGUUACAUUUAUGGAGUGAAUCGAUUGUUGAAUGACGUCAAUUUCAUGCUUGGAUAUCAUCCGAACUUUUUCUGGAAGAUCUGCUGGGGGUUCAUCACACCAAUUUUGAUUGCAGCAAUUGCAAUUUAUUUCUUCAUUUUCUUCGAGAUACCAACAGAUGGUCAUUACGAGUAUCCAGCUGUGGCACAUGUGAUUGGAUGGUGUUUGACUGCGAUUGGCCUGAUUCCAUUUCCAUUAUUUGCUUUUUAUAGAAUUUACUACAGAAAAGGAGACACUUGGUGGGAGAAAAUUAAAUCAGCAUUUAAGCCAGCAGAGUCUUGGGGGCCACGAGAUCCUAUUUUGUUGAAAAAAUACAAGGAAUCACUUUACUCAUCUGAAUGAUUCUCUUAAAUUACUGUUUUAAUUUUAAUGACUUAAUUGAAUUAAUUUAA